CAUGUUUUCUUUUUUGAAUUGUCAAGAAUAAUCUUGGAUGAAAUGGUACUAAAUUUAUUCGAGUUACGUAAAUUCUUUUACUCAACAAUAAUUCCUAAGGCUAUAGGUGCACCGAUGAUCAGUGUCGGAUGUACCUUAAGAUGUUUUACUGAUCUUGGCUUGCAGAGUGAGCUCUAUUUUGUUUUCCUCAUCGCCGAGUUGUUGAUUCCUUGUUUCCGCACAGUUGUGGGUAGUUCCUUCAUGAAAUUCAACCUUGCGGUUACAAGUACUGCAUCCGAUGUAGUAAGGAAUUGGUCCAUGCUCUUGAAGUUGUAGUUGGCCCUCUAUCCUGUAUGUUUCGUCCUGGAUACAUGAGGGAUGGUAUUAAUAGGAAAUGGCAGUUUGGGACAUGAUAGCAGUUAAAGUGUAUAGCAAGAAAAAAAGGAAAUUGAAUAUGAAGAACUGCAAUGUGAAGAGCAUUUUAAUGUGUUUUUUACUUUAGAAGUCCACAAAAUAAAUGAUUCUUGGACUCAUCUAUGAAAAAAAGUACAAUUUUAAUUAAGGUGAUUCAUUAGG